AAGUGGCGUCAGGAAAUAAACUGUUGGGGUGAUUCCUUCUGCUUAGGUGUGGACAAAGGAGUUGCAUUUUGCAUUUAUGUUUUCUAUUUAUCCACCUUUUUUCGGUAAAAGUGGAUCAAAGCGAUUGAACUCCCGCAGGACCUGACAGGUUUAUGGGACAAAACAGGUCACAGGAGUCCAAAAUGACUUCACCUGUCCGUGUGAUCGUUGUGGGGGCUGGUUGUCGAGGGGCGGGCUACGCCCAGUUUGCUACUAUUCAUCCUAAACGCAUGAAGGUUGUUGCUGUAGCUGAUCCCAGAAAGUUUGCACGCACCAAACUGCAAAAGCAACACAAAAUUGAGGAUCAAAACAUAUUUGAAGACUGGCAAAGCAUAGCUGAACUUGAGAAGUUUGCAGAUGCUGUGUUGAUUUGCACCCCAGAUCGCAUUCAUAAGGAUCCUGCAGUUGCUUUUGCAAAGAAGGGCUACCACAUUCUUCUAGAAAAACCAAUGGCAACAUCAGCAGAGGAAUGUAGAGCGAUAGUGGAGGCCUGCACUCAGGCUGGUGUGAUGCUCUCUGUGGGUCAUGUUCUCCGAUAUGAUCCACUUAUUCAUGAGAUCAAGGUGCUCAUAGAUGCUGGAGCGAUUGGCGAUGUCAUCCAUAUACAGCACCUUGAGCCGGUUGGGUUUUAUCACUUUGCUCACUCGUUUGUUCGAGGUAACUGGAGGAAUGAGGCGGAGAGCUCUUUUGCUCUUCUGGCGAAAUCGUGCCAUGACAUCGACCUGAUACAUCACUGGGCUGGAGCCCGCAGGUGUGUAAAAGUGUCAUCUUUUGGAUCUGUUAGUCACUUCCGGAAAGAAAAGAAGCCCACAGGCGCUGGCGAUCGCUGCAUCGAUUGUUCGGUUGAAGGAAACUGUCCGUACUCUGCGUGCAAAAUUUACUUGAACAGUGUGAAGAAGGGUCACACUGGUUGGCCGGUGUCGGUCAUCUGUCCAAACUCCGUCCCAGACAUUGAGUCAGUAACCGAGGCCCUGAAGACUGGACCGUAUGGCCGCUGCGUCUAUGAUUGUGACAAUGAUGUCUGCAGUAACCAGGUGGUAAACAUGGAGUUUGAAGGGGGCCUGACGGCAGCCUUCACUAUGGUGGCUUUCACUGAAGAGAUCUGCCAACGGAAAACUACUAUAUAUGGCAGCAGAGGGGAGUUGUCUUAUAACGGCAGUGAGAUACGCGUGUUUGACUUUCUGACCCAGAGAUCCACAAAGCACACAGCAAGCUGGGAAGCUGCCAAGCACUAUGGCAUGAGCGGGCACGGUGGGGCGGACUAUCACCUCAUCAACACUUUUAUUUCUGCAGUGGCUAACAAUGACCCAUCCAUGAUCCGAUCAGGCCCUGAGGAGACUCUGAUCAGCCAUUUGCUGGUGUUUGAAGCUGAGCGAUCGAGGGUGGAGAACAGGGUGGUGUACUGUGGAGAUGGCGCUAGAAGCUGAAGGACUAUUAAUCAACAUGCCAUGUUUUCAUUUCAGGGACCCAGAUCAUGUGUGGGAUGUGAUUAAUUGAUUAAUGAAUUGUUUGAUUAAAAGGAAAUCUGCUCCAAUGAAAGUCACUACAAUCUGGAUGUUAUAACUACUGAUUAGUUUUGCACUGUGCCUUAAAAAUGUCUGUAUCUGUAAUUUUCCUACUUUGAGGAGCUUCUUGUGAUUCUGUGGGACUGAAUACCUCAUUAAUUAAUAAAGAGACAUAAUAAAGCUUAA